AUGUGUGUCCUUGUGGAAACAGCCAUAGAAGGGAGGGGAGUCAUUAUUCCCAUGACCAUUCCUUUCUUCCUGAAUAUUUCUGGAAUCUCCCUUCCCUGUGAGUCAGGUGCUGGGGCAGGAGAUUCUGAUGGCUUUAUGGCAGAAAUUACUAACAGGCUAAAAGAGUCUGGCUUGCUUUUCUUCCUCUGGAUCUCUGGCACCCACCUUGCACCCAUCACUAGAAAACGACCAGUGAUGGUGUUGAGGCUGGAAGACAGGAGACUGUCUACAGGCAGCAUGGGGUGGGGACUCUGUCUUGAUGUAGGGGGUUGA